GGGGAACGUCACAUAACGUCACCAUCGUGACUACUUCCUUUGUCACACCGACUACGCGUCCUUACGCACUUGCUUUCAGAUCACUACCAUGGAACCUUCAUACCGCAUCGUUCCUCCCUCACAGAUAAAAACUGCGUCCAUAAGUGACACUGCAGGCAGUUUAGGCCUCCAUGACACCCUCCAAUAUGGAAUUCGCAGCAUCGCAACUGAGACGAGAGGAGCUGAGUUCGAGAACCGUAUUGCAAAGUGGGAAGAGACGCAAGACAACGCGAGGCUAAACAUGCUGUCCAAUAUCUACGGUCCAAGUGCACCUUUGAGGUUGCUUAUGGAACGCCAGAUUGUGUCCGCCAGUCCUCAUAUGCCUGCCAUGCCACAGUCAAAUAUCCAUCUCGACAUCCUGAUGGGCCGGGACGAGACUCUAGACCCGACUGACUUCUUCCUCGGCAUGGAGAGUGGUCCACCGUUAAGCAUUCACAACGAGAUGGAGAAGAAACUCCGACUGUAAUCCUAGAUUGUUGUAAUACCUGCUAUCCAGUAAUGACAUACUUAACUUCAACAAGGCCAG